GCUAAUGAAAUAUAAAAACAUUAAUUUUUAAAGAUAUACAUUAAUCAGCAUAACAUGUUUAAAAAUUGUAUUUACAACCAUUGAUAAUUAAAUUACGUUAAUAGUAUUGUGACUAUCCAUAAAAAAAUUUCGGUGCCAUGCAUAACUACUGUACAAACACAUUAAUUCAGAUACAGCAUGUGAAAUUUUAAACAAUAGACAAUUGCUAAAUGAAAACCUUCCUGUUUAAAUAAUACACUGUUGUUAAACAUUUAAUUUGCAGCAUUUAAUGUGAAUCUCGGUCUUUACAAAGAAACGUAUGUGUGUACCAGCGUGGCACUGAAGUGUGAAUAAAUGAAAGUAUGUAAAAAGCUGUAUCUUGUUCAAAUUUGUUGGUCUUUCUCCUUGCUUUCAAGGGGCAAUUGAUAUGCGUAUAGCUGUGUAAGUGCAAUAUAUCAUGUGUGUAAUUGUCGCUCUUUCCUUUUUCAGGUCACACAGGGUACAGAUGAUCUUGAGGUGUGAAGAGAGGAAGAGAAGGAACUGAAAAAAAUGUGUUGCGGUUAUAGAAGAGGAUCUUUUUUGCCUUUAUUCUCAUCCAUAUUAUUAUUCGGCAAGGACAAUAAUAACUUUAUCUUUGGAAAUAUGUCCAGUAGUAAUGCAUCAAAGUUAAAAAAGGAAAUACAGGAAGAGCAAUGGAUUUGGGGUCGUCUUUGCUCCCUCGUGGCCUUCAAGCUUUCACAUACAUGAAAAUAGAAACUUUAGUACCCUCAAAGUAGAAAAUAAAAAUUUAGAGAUAAAGAAAAAUUAAUUGUUGAAGAUAACCAGACAGCGCAUUAUGUCGUGGUGUAACCUUCUUACGUUACAAGAAUAACACUAUGAAUCUGACCCCAGAUCAGCCACCGACCCAGCUCUUUAAUCUACCCAGUGCAUUGGACAUUCAAAACAAAAGCAGGCCGGACCUUGCAGCUCGAGCCAUGCUCUUCAACAACACCUUUUUCCUCCAGGAUAAUGCAGCUUUAGAAUGGGAGUUAUUUCUGACCAUUCGAGAGCCUGGCACUAUUAUCUUGACUGUCUUGUACUCAGUUUCCUUUCUUGUAGGUUUCACUGGAAACGUCAUGUCCCUUAAAGUCCUAUUAGGGCAAAAUGGAAGUGUGCGUCUGUCAGGUGCAAGUGCCACGCGCUGCCUGCUGAUAAACUUAGCGGUGUGUGACCUGGCGGUAGUUUGCGUGUGCAUGCCGGUCACCUUGGGCCACCGCAUCUACACGCCAUGGGUGUAUGGAGACUUUUUGUGCCGCGCUGUACCUUUCACGCAGGCCGUGUCUGUUUCCGCCAGCGUCCUGAGCAUCACGGUCAUCAGCAUUAGCCGGUACUAUGCGGUUCACUCUCCGCUACAGUCCCGUGCUUACUUCACCCGUCGACGCAUCCUCGUCUCCGUUGCAGCCGUGUGGCUGAUCUCCUCAGUGAUCUGCAUGCCGGUUGCCAUAGUUACCAGACGUGAUGAUGUAGCUUUGAUUGAAGGGCUGGCUAUCGUUUUGCCAGUCUGUGGAGAGGUGUGGCCUCAGCCACGCUUGCGACAGGUGUACAAUGUCCUGCUCUUCACCGCCCUCUAUUGCCUACCUGUUGCGUUUAAUCUUACCCUAGCCUUCCUCACGUAUCGCCGGUUGCGGACCACUAGUGGAGAGGUUCGGUUUACAGAGCUGGACCCGCGCUCUCAGGUACUUCACGAAGCAAGACUGCAAGGGCGUAGUCAAAUCGCCCGUAUGGUCGCAGCUCUGGUGCUUCUAUUCGCUUUGUCCUGGUUGCCUAUGUACGUGGCUGACAUGUGGCUGGAUCGCGAACUGCUUCAUCCGCCACACUGGCUAUUGCAGGCCAGACCUUUUGCACAGUGGCUGGGACUCACCAAUUCAUCUCUCAACCCUUUUUGCUACUGCUUCAUUGGAGAUCUACACCGUUCAGCCAGGGCUUUGCGUCUACGCCUCAUCGGCCCGUCCCCUGCCUCAGCGCUGGCGCUAGCCUCACUCCCUACAAUCUUCCAGUUACAAAACGAUAAGAAAACACCUGUGGAUGGUGCAAACAAAUCCAACUCCUGUGGGGAGGAUGCUGAGGAUCUGAGUCUGUCAAUGUGGUGGACUCAAUCUAGCGCAUGUGGAUCAAUAGGUUUACCCUAUCACCUUGGAAUGACUGACACAGCUAUUAAACUUGAUACAUAGCACACCUGAUAAGAUUUGUCUGAAAGUGUGGGCCGGAAUUUGUGCUUCUAGGAUGUAAAUUAUUGUGUACACCUAGUAAGGAUUGAGAAAAACUGUUAACUCUAGUGGAUUACUGUAUGUAAUGCUCUUUAGUUUUUAGUCUCAUGUAGGAAUAGGACUGAGGAGGAUUACAUCAGGAGCUCAGAUGUAAACGCCCCUAAACGCUACCUUCGUCAAAAUGAGAUAAUGAUAUUAACCGAAUGCUCUUGGCACAUAUUAUACGUUAAUCAAAUAAUUUUGCUUCAAAUUCACUUAAUCCUGGCCUCAGGCCUUUCAGAAAUAUCGAUUUGUUGGCAGAAUCCUUUAAGAAUCUGAUAAAAAUGCUAAUUUAUAUGUCAGACGCACUUAGAGGGGUUUGCAUCAUGCUUCCUGAGUAUUAAGCUUAACAUCCAUAUUGCUUAAACACAAAGAAAGUUGUUGUAAUAGUUUUAGAUUAGAUUGUUUACAUCUGCUGUAAAUAUACAAAUGGCACAUAAAAUAAUCUUUUCAUUGAAACUUACUAGGGUAUAUGUAAGUAAUCUAUACCAUGAGGGAAUAAAAUGGUCAACUGUAAUGCCAAAUCUGUGCUCGUGUUUUGUUGCAAAACCUUGCCUGGAGCAACCAUACUGAAAAAUCCAGCAUAAGCUGGUAGCUGGUUUUAGCUGGUUUAAGGUGGCAGUAGCUGGUCUAAGCUGGUCCUCCCAGCCUGGCAAAGCUGGUCAAGCUGGUGUGUCAGCUGGUCUUUCACCCCGACCAGCUAAGUCCAGCUAGACCAGCUUAAAAAGUGAUCAAAACACAGCUAGACCAGCUUGCUACACCAGCAUUACCAGCUAAAACCAAGCUGGGAGACCAGCAAAAACCAGCUCACCAGUUUAUGCUGGUCUUAGCUGGAUUUUUCAGUAGGGAACAUCUUCGAAAAAACCUAUUUAAAUGUCAUCCUCCAGUAUGGUUUAAUUAAAAUUAUCUUCAGAGGUAAAACCCAAACACACAUACAGUACACACACUUGACACCUAUGCUUACGCACUUGUGAAGAAACACAUGGUAGAGUCGGCUGCGAACACUCACGACUUCUCACUUCAUUUGCUAAAUGUAGAAACAUCAGCAGCAUCUCGGUACAUCACCCUCUUCUGUUAUUUCACUAAAGUGUGUGCGGUCUGUGAUUCUGCUAAGAUCCUAAACUGUAAAAGUAAAAAGAAAGUAAAACGAAUCUAUUUUCUGAUGUUUUGUGCACUACACUAUCUGAUGUCUGUCAUGAUGUCCUAGCUUUGCAGUCUUUUUGGUGUGGAGUGAAAAUGUUCAAU